GAGGACAGAGAACAUCUACAUCAAAGGAGACGUCACUGGAUGUAAGAGUCCAUACAAGCUGUUAUGGCUACCCUGUGUUCUCUGCGUGGAAGCCCCUCUAAGCUUAGGACCUCCUCAGCCAGCGUCUCUUAUGAUGGAAGACCUUGGGCUGUCUCUCCAACUCAAGUGCUCAGCUCCCCACUGAGCAAUGGACCUAAUGACAAAGAGGUGAUGCAGAAUCUGAACAAUCGCCUUGCCAAUUACUUGGAGAACGUUUCUGCAAUGGAAAAGUCAAAUCAACAAUUAGAGAUCCAAAUUCGAGACAAAUUAAAAGAGGGUGCCGCAGAAAGGAAAGACUACAGUGAUUACUUCACCCUGAUUAAUACCCUAAGAAAGCAGAUUACAGAUUCAAUCUCUGAGAAUACAAAGCUCCUAUUAGCUAUUGAUAACAGCAGACUGGCUGCAGAUGACUUCAAGGAGAAGUGGAACACAGAAUCUGCCUUACGUCAGUCUGUGGAACGGGAUAUGAACUCGCUGCGAAAGGCAAAGGAAGAUCACAAUGUUAUUAAUGACAGCCUGAGAGCAGAUGUAGACAGCUUACAGAGUGAGCUUCUGACCUUAAAGAAUGACCACAAACAGGACAUUGCUGCUCUCAGAGAGAAACUAGAUAGAGGAAAAGUGGAAGUUGCUGUUGAUGCGGUUCAGGGGCCUGACCUGACGUCCAUCUUGUCUGAAGUUCGUGCACAGUAUGAGGACAUAAUGAAGAAAAAUAAGGAGGAGGCAGAUGCUCUGUUCCAGACUCAGUAUGAAGCAGUAACCCUGCAACUUGCCAAAGAUGAUGAAGACAUCAGGAGAGCACAAGAUGAAGUACGAGACAGACGGACCGUGUUACAGGGACUGCAGCUGGAACUAGAGACUGCAGGAAACCAGGUAAAUGCACUAAAGCGAGACCUUGAUGAAACAGAGCUGCAAUACAAGAAAGAGCUGGACAGACUGCAGGGUAAUGUAAUGGCAGUGGAGCAGGAGUUAUCUGAGAUACUAAAGACCAUACAAAACAACAAACUGGAAUAUGCGGCACUGUGGAAGAUUAAGGAGACUCUGGAAGCUGAAAUCGCAGAGUACAGACGUCUACUGGAAGGAGAACCAGAAGAGAAAAUCAUCAUACCUGAACCACGACAACCAGAUAUCAGAACCAAAAAAAUUGUGAAAAUAGUCACACAGACUCUUGUGGAUGGGAAGAUUGUUGGCGAGUCAAGCGAGGUGUCAGAAUUCGAGCAUUCCGACAAAGAAAAAAUGUGAACUUGGUCCCCCGCUGCUCUUUUACGUAUGUCUUGCAGUUGAGGGAUCUGUAGAGCCAUCAUCAUCAAUGCCAAGCAGUGCCCUUGCAUGGAGUCAUACGAGUCGCAUUUUCCUUUCACUAGGCUUGGUAUAAGCAAUGGCAUAAUCUGAUAUUCUACCUAUUGCCUGUAAGGUUAAAUUUGUACACUUUAGCAUUUUUGUAUCAAUGCCAUAGUGAGGCAGUUGCUGAAUACUUCCCAAUCGUUGACUGGAGAUACAUUAUUUCAGUGCUCUAUAUGUAUUGGUUAUAAUGAGUGAUGCUUGCAUUGUUACACCCAGAAAUUGAGCCACCAAACAUAUCUUGGACCAUUUAAAAAAAAUAUGUUAUGUAAUCUAUAAAGCCAUGGUAAUCCUCUGCAACUGCUGCGAGUAACACAAAGAUCUGGUACAUUAUAAAAUAUGAGUUCUGCAUAUCAGUGCGAGAAACUGGAGAAUGUGAUAAGGGAUGAGAAUGUCUAUGGCUGAAGAUUAUGAAUUUAAGUAGUUUACGAUAAUUGUAGAUACAUUUUGAAAUACUGACAUUUGUGGGACCCUGGGAUUUUUGAAAAUAUGACAUAAGCAUGGUGCUUGGGCAUCUUUAUAUACAGUUAAACUCAAUUAAUGAAAAAUAGAUUUUUCUGCAUAUGGGCAAAAAUUAUUUUAGAAAUAUCUAAUAAAAUUUGUUUCUGCUAU